ACUGUUGACGGUCGUCGCCCAGAAGGAAACAUUCUCAAGUGAGGCAGGAUGCCGGCGGGUCACGGUCUUAGGUCAAGAACGAGGGAUCUCUUCGCGAGGGGCUUCCGCAAGAAGGGAACCAUCCAUCUGACCACUUACCUGAGAACCUACCGCAUUGGCGAAUAUGUCGAUGUCAAGGUCAAUGGAGCCAUUCACAAGGGAAUGCCUCACAAGUUCUACCAUGGUCGUACUGGCCGCGUCUGGAACGUUACCAAGCGCGCUAUCGGCGUUGAAAUCAACAAACAGGUUGGUAACAGGAUUAUCAAGAAAAGGAUCCAUGCUCGGAUAGAGCACGUUCAGCCUUCUAGAUGCAAUGAGGAUUUCAAAUUGAGGAUCAAGAAGAAUGACCAGUUGAAGGCUGAAGCUAAAGCAAGAGGUGAGGUCAUAAGCACUAAGAGACAACCAAAAGGACCAAAACCAGGCUUCAUGGUCGAGGGUGCAACCUUAGAGACCGUCACUCCUAUUCCAUAUGAUGUUGUCAAUGAUCUCAAGGGUGGAUACUAGGUUUCUUUCUUAGCUGCUUCAUUUUUUUUUUGUAUUCCAUCAGAGUUUCUUUCUUUGGUCUUUGAAGACUCAAAGCAUUGAUGUCUUAUCUUUCCAAUACCUCCAAUUGGUUCCAAAAUUUCUUGUAAUCUUUGAUCUCUUUAUGUUUUGAUUAACAAAAGUGA